CUUGUUGUUUAUGCAGUCAUAUCUUCUGGGAGCCAGAUGCUAGUAAGUUGAACAAGAAUUACUGCCGGAAUCCUGAUGAUGAUGCCCACGGACCCUGGUGUUACACGGGGAAUCCUCUUAUUCCUUGGGAUUAUUGCCCCAUUUCUCGUUGUGAAGGUGAUACCACACCUACAAUAGUCAAUUUAGACCAUCCUGUAAUAUCUUGUGCUAAAACAAAACAACUGCGAGUUGUAAAUGGGAUUCCAACACAAACCAAUGUAGGAUGGAUGGUCAGUUUGAAAUACAGAAAUAAACAUAUCUGCGGAGGAUCAUUGAUAAAGGAAAGUUGGGUUCUUACUGCAAGACAGUGUUUCCCUGCUAGAAACAAAGACUUGAAAGACUAUGAAGCCUGGCUGGGGAUCCAUGAUGUUCAUGAGAGAGGAAAUGAGAAACGCAAACAGGUUCUAAAUGUUUCUCAGCUGGUAUAUGGACCUGAAGGAUCAGAUCUGGUUUUAUUGAAGCUUGCUAGACCUGCUGUCCUGGAUAAUUUUGUUAGUACAAUUGAUUUACCUAAUUAUGGAUGCACAAUUCCUGAAAAGACCACUUGCAGUGUUUAUGGCUGGGGCUAUACUGGAUUGAUCAACUCUGAUGGUAUAUUGCGAGUAGCACAUCUCUAUAUCAUGGGGAAUGAGAAAUGCAGUCAGCAUCAUCAAGGCAAGGUGACUCUAAAUGAGUCUGAAUUAUGUGCUGGGGCUGAGAAGAUUGGCUCAGGACCAUGUGAGGGUGAUUAUGGUGGCCCACUUAUUUGUGAACAACAUAAAAUGAGAAUGCUUCUUGGUGUCAUUGUUCCUGGCCGUGGAUGUGCCAUCCCAAAUCGUCCUGGUAUUUUUGUCCGAGUUGCAUAUUAUGCAAAGUGGAUACACAAAAUUAUUUUAACAUAUAAGGCACAACAAUCAUAGCUGAAGUAAGUGUGUCUGAAGAGCCCAUCAAUACAUGGUGAUUUUACUUGGAAUUUUCAGAGAACGAGGAAUUAAAAUGUCACCUGAAGCAAUCCUAAAACAACUACUUGAGUGUCAUGUUUGUUGAUACUCAUUAAUAUAUCUGGGUGUUUUCUGUUCUGUUUGUUAGUGUUAUUUUGUAAAUGUUGAAGUGAAUUAAGGUACAUGCAAGUGCAGUAACAUAUCUCCUGAAGAUACUUGAAUGGAUUAAAAAAUGCAAAGGUAUAAUUUCUGGAUGAUAUAAGAUUUAAUGGAAAUAAUCAAUUAAUCACUCUUCGCUGCUUUCCAGGUUAAUUUCUUAUGGAUGAAUCAAACAGAAGUUAAACUUUAUUUUAACCUGACCAAAACAAUUUAUACCUUGUGCUUGUAAAUAACACUACAUUAAAUUAUGUUACCUUUCAUAUGCCACAGUAUAGUUCAUUCAACAUGUAUCCAAUACUGGUUAUGCAAACAUACAUUUAUAAAAACACAUAUACCUUACAAAUACCCGAGAACAUACAUGCCAUUUGCCACAGUUUAAAUCAUGGUGUAAUCUAAUGUAGUCCCUAAAUAUAUUGGAGGUAUGUAUCUGUAGUUUUUCUUUAAGAAAAAAAAAUUAAAAUUUCUAAAGACCAGUAGAAAUAUUCAGGAAUGGUACAAGAAAACUGACUAUUUUCUGCAAAUAAUCUAUACAUGACCUCCACCAGUAGGCACUUCAAGUGAGGUCAGGACCCACAGAAUUAAAUAUGCCUACUCUAGGUAUUUACAUAUAUUUAUUAUGAUAGCUAUUUCAUGUAGUUUUUAAUUAUUAAAAGGAAAAGAGUAAUAUGUGUAUUUGUAUUAUUUCUUUCCUACAAAUUUAGGGCCACUUAUUUAUGCAAGAUGUUGGUAGAUUUAUUUUCCUAAACCAUUUCUUAAAUCUCAAAUAUGUGUCUAAAUGAAGAAAUUCAUAAGUGUCUUCAUCAUUAAAAGUGUAUGUAAGUGGGUUAUUUCCUAGAUUUGCUGCUUCUAGAAGCAAGUGGUUUCCUUAAAAAUUUUUAGAAUUAUUUAAGAUGAAUAUUUUCAUAUGUCUCAAAAUUUUGUUACUAGCUGUUCAUUAAGUCAUGCACUGAAGUGUAUUUCAAGAAAAAAAAAGUGAAAUUAUGUUUUCAUCCUGGAAAUGUGUUAGCCUAUGAAAGUUUUAUUCAAGUAAAGGGAAGAUGAAAGUAUAAAAAGAAAGGAAAGGAACUAAUUUGUCUAAACUCUGUA